CUGGUCUCGAACUCCUGACCUCAGGUAAUCCACCCAUCUUGGCCUCCCAAAGUGUGGGGAUUACAGGCAUGAGCCACCGCGCCUGGUCAUUCCCAAGACUCUUACACCCUAAGAGUAGUUCUGAGCCCCAUCUGGAGACCAGUACCUAAGUCCCAAUCCCCAAACCAGCCUGAACCCCUAAUCCAUGACUAGCCUGGCCUGAUACUGGCCACUGAGUACCAGUCUGAUACUGGCCACUGAGUACCCCGAUGCUGGCCACUGAGGCCAUGUCUUAGAACUCUAGUUAUUUCAGCACCCUCCUGCCUCAUCCCAGAGCAGAGAGGCAGGCCUGCAGGAUCUCUGCACCACUCCCCAGCAUUCUAACCUAACUCUCAACACUCCUAUUCCUGGGUCACCCCCAAGGUUCCAUACUAGCCACUGUCCCCGAGAGGGGAACCGUCGGCGUUCCCCUGAUCACCGGCAUGGCCUCUUCUGAGGCCCUGGCCCCCUUACCCUCUUACCCUUCACCCCGGACAGGGACAAAUAUUUCUGGCAGGACCUCUCCUCAAAGCCCCCUUCACUCUCCUGGCCCAUCUUUCCCAGGCUCCCGGGCUCCAUAAUGUAAUCUGUUCAGCAUGGAGACUUUCUUCUACCGCCCUUGUCUUAAUAAAGCUCCGUGUUUUGCUUCGGUAUCAACUUGCUUUUGCUGUGGUUUGGCAUUUCCCUCCACCCACACAUGUGACGAAAAGGGGAAACAAGACUGGGUCCCGGCCACAACUUCAGCUGAGGAACUUGGCACGGGCAGCUUGGGACCCAGGACCCUAACGUGUGGCAGAGGCGCUGUGUUUGGAGGUUCCGCUAUCACGGCCCCCGAGAUGGGGCCUGGACGAUGCCUCCUGACAGCCUUGCUGCUUCUGGCUCUGGCGUCACUGCCGGAAGCCUCCCAGUACUGCGGCCGCCUUGAAUACUGGAACCCAGACAACGAGUGCUGCAGCAGCUGCCUGCAGCGCUUCGGGCCGCCCCCCUGCCCGGACUAUGAGUUCCGGGAAAACUGCGGGCUCAAUGACCACGGCGAUUUCGUAACGCUCCCGUUCCGAGAGUGUUCUUCUGGGCAGUGCAACCCCGACGGUGCGGAGCUAUGUAGCCCCUGCGGCGGCGGAGCCGUGACCCCUACUCCCGCCGCGGGCGGGGGCAGAACCCUGAGGCGCUGCAGAGAGAGGCCGGUCCCUGCCAAGAGGCCCUGCCCCCUCACAACUGGAAACCCAGGCGGCCCUAGCUCCCAGGAGCGCAGCUCACCAGCAAGUUCCAUUGCCUGGAGGACCCCUGAGCCCAUCCCUCAGCAGGCCUUGCCGACUUUCCUCCCGCUGUUGAUGCUGGUCCUGCUCCUGACCUUGGCGGUGAUAGCGAUCCUCCUAUUCAUUCUGCUCUGGCACCUCUGCCGGCCCAAGGAGAAGGCCGACCCCUAUCCCUAUCCUGGCUUGGUCUGCGGAGUCACCAACACCCACGCCCCUUCCUCCUCGCAUCUGUCCUCCCCAGGCGCCCUGGAGACAGGGGACACAUGGAAGGCCUCUCUACUUCCACUCCUGAGCAGGGAACUGCCCGGUCUGGGGUCACAGCCCCUGUCUCGCCUCCUGGAUGAGCUGGAGGUGCUGGAAGAGCUGAUUGUACUGCUGGACCCUGAGCCUGGGCCAGGUGGGGGCAUGGCCCAUGGCACUACUCGACACCUGGCCGCGAGAUAUGGGCUGCCUGCCGCCUGGUCCACCUUUGCCUAUUCGCUGCGGCCGAGUCGCUCGCCGCUGCGGGCUCUGAUUGAGAUGGUGGUGGCAAGGGAGCCCUCUGCCUCUCUGGGCCAGCUUGGCACACACCUCGCCCAGCUAGGACGGGCAGAUGCAUUGCGGGUGCUGUCCAAGCUUGGCUGAUCUGGGGUUUGUUGGGCUUAACAUUCAAUAAAGAACUUUGUUGACUACUAA